AAAGAAACGGAAACUACAGCUAGAUACUAGACAUGGCCUCCUUCGGUUGCUGCUUAAGCUUCAUCAUUACUUUUACACUUCUCUCACUGCCACAAAUCUUUUGUAGCUGUCCAGAGAGCAUCUCCCAUUUUAACAAGACUAUAAUAGACAAUGGUCUUGGACCUUUAAACGCUACGGAAUAUGUUGGCGGGACGACAACCUUUACUGGAACUGUUCCUGCUACAUGUAGUCUGUUAAGACUCUACAUUGAUGGAUGUUAUUCAUCAAAAAUUAACGUUAAUAUUACUAAUAUUGGUAAUAAUAUGAAAAGACUUUCAUAUGUGACCCCAGUUCUGAAUAUGUCUCAUGAUGGGACAGCAUACGAUAUAUGCACUCAUUGCGGUGGUGACCGUUAUGAGUGCUUUCCGACUGCUACACUUAAAGUGAAAGACAAACCAGUGUUAAAUGUAAAUGCCAUUGCUACUUGUAAUGGUAUACAAGUGGAAGGACAGAAAGAUAAUGACACAGUCAUUAUGGCCACAGUGAAGGACUCUCUUAAUCACACUGUGCUUCAUUGCAACAUUUCAUCUUUGCCAAAUUCGAUUAAUUAUACUGUACUCCCUCCUGAUAUUGACUUUAAUAUUGAAUUUGCUGGUGUUAAUCCAGCUGGAGUGGGAGAACCGUUGGAACAAGCAGUUUCAUUUGAGAAUUUGAUAUAUUUUAAGAUAAAGUUAGUUAAAGUUUUAUAUGAAGAUAAUAAAGUGAAAGCCAUUAUUAGAUUUGCUUUCGAUAAUACUUGUAUAAUGUCAAGAGCACAUGCUAUGCAUGUGAAAUCCACCUGUGCUGUUGGAGGGAGUAGAUCAUUCAGUAUCAGUAAUAGCAAUACCAUUACUGUUGAUAUGUUACAAAGUCGGCGUAAGUGUACGUUUACUUUGUCAUCAGGAAAAACCAGUCAUACCACUGCCUUUUAUGACACAAGACCUGUUACAGCUACUAUACGCCCUCACAACACUACUGAUGGGUAUUUCAACUUUACUGGACGACUAUUGCAAGGUGUACUUGGAAUCGUCAUUCAAAUCGUGAGGUCUAAUAAUACCAUCCAUUCAACGCAAUAUGUACCAAGAGACUCUCCACAUAAUAAUCAAAUUAAAGGAUCAAACACAAAGCAACUUGAAGAUGGCAACUAUCGUGUUAAUAUCUAUCUCAUGAAAGCUAAUAAAACUUUUGAUCCUUCAUCCCUCAUCAAAACAAUACAAAUGUAUUGUAUUAUUUCUACAGCUACAAAUACUAUGUCAAUUACUACACCUGAGACUAGAAUCCACACAAGAAAAGAAUUGGCUAUUGGUCUCAUAAUAUUUGCUGUUUUAGUAGUAGCUUCAUUCUUUGUUAUCCUACUAUUUUGUUUUUCGCCAAAGUUACAAGGAAUAUUUAAAGAUUUUGAUGUAAAAAAACUUUGUCAAUCUAGCUAUGUAUUUGACUCUCAAUGGCUGAUGGGAGUAAUACAAUUACCACCUUUUCUUUCUUUUAAUGAUGAAGGAAGCUGUCAAUCUUCAAAGGAAGAUUGCCGUGAAAGUAAAAAUACUGUUGGAGCAGUAACAGGAAAUGAAAGUCCAGCUGUUGCAUAUUCGAAACCUGAGACUGAUAAAAAAGCACCAGAGACUGAUGGCAAUCAGUCAACAAUGAAUAGCACACCCUAUGUCAGUUUUCAAUCAGAAAGUGAUCUUUUGCCAUCACCAGAUAAAAAUGAGCAGUUUUUAAAUCAGGAUUUUAACUCUGGUCCUUCUGGCUUUGUCGGUAAUCCUCUAAAUGCUCCUCCUCACAUCGUAGUUAACACAUUGGACCAGAAACCAACAUUCCCUGUUCCGGUAGCUAAUUUCGCUGACAACCUUGUUGUACUUGAAUCUGAAGUUCGAAAAAGGAAAUUGUCUCGCGCUUUUUCACAAGAGGGUGAAACAAAACAGGAAGAUAAUAAUGCUACUGCUGCUUUUGUAUUUCCUCAUGAAGUAUUUGACACAGCUGGUGACAAGAAGACUCAACCUCAUUAGGAGGAACACUUUUGCUGCCUCAUUAGGAGGGAAAUCUUGCUAUUGUUUGUAUUAUUGCUGCUGUCUUUAACGCUGCUUAUGCUAAAUUAUUUGUAUAGAUUUGUUUCUUUAUGUCAUUAUUACUGCUGACAUUUAACAAAAUACUUUGUAUCCUAUA